CAUUGCAUUGUGGUCCGGUCUCUCCUGGCAACCAGGAAGCUUCGCGAUCCUAGGUUGGGGUCAGGUUGUGUUUUUGUCGCCUUUUUGCCAGUUUUAUCGGCCAAAAUGGGGAAAUUUGGGCGGCCUAGCUUCUACACACCAAACGAGGUGGCGAUACACAACACGCUGAAGGACCUGUGGGUGUCUUACCUGGGCAAGGUGUACGAUUUGACACCUUUGGCAGAGGAACACGCAGGUAAUGUGUUGCUGAAACCAGUCAUUGCGGAGGCCGGGAAGGACAUCUCCCAUUGGUUUAACAAGAAAACGAAAGAUAUCCGUACGCACAUUGACCCAGAGACGGGAUGUGAGAAGUACUACACCCCGCACGGGCGCUUCAUCCACAUCCCGCCCCCGUACCCGCGCACGGACUGGGCCAACGACUUUGGCAGGCCGUGGUGGAAGGACGAGAAGUACUACAUCGGAGAACUGUCACAGAAAACUCGCUUCAUCCGCAUUCUCAACACUCUAACAUCCCAGGAGCAAACCAUUGAGGUUUGUUCUGAAGAGUAUCUGUCGGAGAUCCUUGAGCGAUACCUGAAGUACAACGCUCAUGCGGGAAGCUACACGUGGAAGUACGAUGGGAAGAACCUGGACAUGGGGAUGACGCUGGAGGAGAACGAGAUCUUUGACGAGAGCGAGGAUUUCUACGUGCUGAGUAUGCAGGAGGAACAGUGGCUGCCAGCCAUACAUCUGUACUUUAAUGAUGAUCUGACAGAGGCUUAGUCGUAAAGAGUUGAUAUCAAAGAGAAUUGUGAUGGAAAAUGUUAUUUUAUUAUAUUACAGUCAUUUCUGUAAUUUCCUAGGUUGUACAACUACAUUACUGUUAAGUGGAUUCUUGCUUCAGAUUUUCUAUUGCACCAAAUGUACAAGAGACAAGAUGAACAACAGAAUUUCGGGAUAUUCAAAACUUUCCCUAUACGAUGCGGUUAUGUAAAAUUUACUACAAAAGGAGAAAUAUCAUGGCACUUACAACAACCUCCCCAAAUAGGGGAAGAUGUAGUCAUCUUUUAACAGUCACAACAUAUCACUUUUCAACGAAAAAUUAUUACAUUGGCAUGAAAUUCAACCCUUAAAAAGAAGAGUUGAAAAAUGAGUAGAGAAAAAGCUUACAAAUAUGGAAUUUGUAAAUACUUGUAUAUACUGUUGUCAGCACAGCUCUGCAGGAGUAUGCUUUGAGAAAAAUGAGGUACUAGUAAUGUAAAUAGCUAUAAAGCUAAGUUGAACAAACCUGAGUCGGAGGUGUGUACUUUAAACAAUAGAUUUCUGUAAGAUACAGGUUUUACUGGUUUGGGGUUUGUCAAUAUUUUGUAUGAUUGUGGUUCAUUCAUGCAGUAAAAAAUAUAUCCUGCACAAUCACUGUUCAUCAGAAGUGGGGUGACAGCAAAGAUUCAAAAUAAAGCAGUACCAACAACGUA